UUGCAAUUUUAGUGUGUUGCUCAAGUUACUUCUGUUUUUAAGGUGUGAUCCGCAUGGCCAAUAUUAAGCGGUGACUUUUUUUAGUGUUUGUAGAGGUACAGUUGAUAUGUUACAGUACUGCUGUUGUAUGUAAGCGAGUGUUUGGUUGCGUUAUAUGGACACUAAGCCAAGGUGCAGACCGUACCAACUUUGGCGCCUUGGCUACUUUCCACAACACUUGGUGGAGGAGGAUGUCUCCAUAACUCCCAGCACCCAGACGUGACCAUCUGCAGAGACACAGGGCUUAUCAGAGCUGAUGUGACCGCAUAAAAACAACAGAAGGCAAUUUUCCUCUGUUCUUACAUCACAAUAAAGUAAUCUCUCCUAAUCAAUAAAUUACCACAAGAUUUGGUGUCAAGUGGUUUUGGAGAUACAGAGAGAAGAUGACAACUUCCACACCACACUACUCCCUUAUAUCCCUCAGGGAUUGCAGGGUGCUAUGAAUUAAAUUAAAUGUAACAUUUGAACCACCACUACUGAAAACGAAUGUACAAAAUGUUAUCACAGGGAAAUGUAAUUGCAGUGGCAGAUGAAGUACCUCUAAAGCCACACGGGAGUUAAAGUACAGCAGAUAACAGUGUAGAAGACAUCAGGAAGUGGCCUUAGUCAAACACACACAAAGGACGAGGAUGGCCCCUGAGAUCGAGUCUGUGGUACGUGCUACCCAGGCCUGGCUGCAGUCCUCUUGGCAUGUCCAGGUGCCCUUUGCCUGGCUGGAAGCCUGCGUGGAGUGGCUGCAGGAAGAGGCAGGAGGAGCAGGUCGGCUGUCACAGCAGCAAAUCAACCAACAGGCACUGGACCAGUGGCUGUUGACAGACUUGAGGGACCUGGGCCACCCUGUUCUCCCUGAGGGGCUCUCUCAGGCCCAGGAGACUGAACUCAGCGGCACCUUCUGUGUCCAGGUUGACUCAUUAAUAGACAUCAGCCAGCCUGCGUACAGUCAGCUGCAGAAGUGGAGGGGCUCAGAUUGUGCCAACGACGAGGUGUCUGCUGUCACACAGGCCACGCAGAGGCCCUGGGAAGCCAGAGCGACCCGUAUGCUACUAUUGCAGGUGACAGAUGGAGUCCAGAGCUUGGAGGCCAUGGAGUAUCAGCCUAUCCCUGCACUCAGCACAGCUCUCAGGCCUGGUGUGAAGCUGCAGCUGCAGGGGCAGAUGGUUUGCAGACUCGGGAUGCUUCUGUUGGGGUCAACCAACAUCAAGGUCCUGGGUGGUGAGGUGGAGGACCUGGUGGAGAGAAAUAAACAGGGCAAGGUGCUGUGUCGGACGCUGGGACUCCCUGAGGAGGAGCAGCAGGAGGGGCAAGAGGCCCCACCUGCACCACAACAAGGGAACCAGGACGUGGACGUGCUGGAACUUGAUGACGCAGAGUUAUUGGCCAAUCUGGAGGCCCAGGAGGAGGUUGAAAGGGUUCAGGUUGAGCCUGUUCAAGACAGCGGCUACGGGACGCUCAGCAAGACCUCGACUCAGUCCUCGAGAACCUCCUCUGUCAGAAGCCUCGUCUCCACAGCCUCAUACAGAAGUGAAGCCUCUGCCAGUCCGUACAGAAGCAAUUUCACCCAAAACAACAGAGGGGCUUCAGUCCAAGGUCAUCACCAUGGUAACAGUCAUGAGGAUUCAGACCUCUCGAUUCAGAUCCCAGAUCACAACAUGACAGACGAAGACUUUCCCGAUCAAGAAUUUGAUGAUUUUCCCCUGGAUGAGUUGGACAGUGUGAUUUUUCAAGAAAGUACAAAUGUUGCUGCGCAGUCUGACUGCAGCCACAGAAACACGCCACAGAACAACAACAACAACAACAGAACGGGAAAUCCUAAUGGAGCAACAAAAGCCCAAACUGCACAGUUUGAGCAGCCCAGUUUGCAUGGCUCUGGGUCACACCAUGGUUCUAGCAACUCUAGAUCCAUCUCACAGAAAAGAGCCUAUCAAGACUUCUUUAAAGGAGCUACAGGGCAGUCCUUUAACCCGGCAGCAGCUUUAGAGCCAUCAAAUGAAGAAGAAUUUGUAACUAAUAAUGAGAGUGAUUUCAUGGAUGAAGAUAUGGACUGCCUUCUUGCAGAGGUAGAAACUGAGGGGCCAAAUCAGGUCUCUGUCCAACAAGGACCAAUUAGAGAAAGAGAGAGCGCCAGAAAUAAAACAGCCACUUCCAGUUGUAGACUUACCAGCGACUCAUUAAGUGUAACAGAUAAGUUUUCUAUGAAGACAGAGUCUGCAUUCGAGAGCUCACACAGCACACGUCAGGGGCAAACCUCUAACACUGCAGUAUUUGAUAGACUAUCUGCUAAAAAAGGACCUCAGAGUGACAGCUCGGUCACUUUGACCUCUCCACCUUUUACAUAUUUGUGUGUGUUAGAAGAGACAAUGUCCAAACCUCACCCACGGACCACAGAGAUCCGUGUCAAAGCUUUUAUCGUGACUCUUUUAGGGAAACUAAGCAGCAGCAACGGUCUUUGGGGCAUCUGCGCUACGGUAUCUGAUGGAACUGGUUACCUGGAUGUGGAGUUGUCUGAUGAGGUUUUGACGGGCCUGCUGGGCUUCUCGGUGGCAGAGAAGGGGGCUUUAAAGCGUGACCCAGCCCGGAAAGGCGAGCUGGAUGCCGGGAUGAGGAGGUGUCAGGAAGGGCUGGUGGACAUGUGCUGCGUUAUGACCAUCAUGGUCGAAGCAGACGGCAGGAAAGCCGUGGUGACCAAGGCCGACCCCAUCAAUGAGAAAGUAGUCCAGGAGCUGGAGCAGAGGGUGAGAGAGAGGAGAAAAUAGACACGGAGGAGAAGUUAGGGGGAAGUGGGUGAUAAUGAGAAAAUUACAGGCAGUGGAGAAGUAUAUUGCCCUUAAGCAGAGAUGAGAAAUUGAAUGAAAUAAAGGUGGGUUUUUUUUAGGAUUGGUGAUCAAGCUGUUGUCACUGCUUCAGAUUUGGAGAGCAGUGUGUUGCAAUGCGCUCCAUCUGCUGUAUGCGAAUGUGACAUUCUGUCAUUUGUCUUUAGAGAAAUUUUCAUUCAUCUAUUCAGAGAGCUAUUUUCUGCUUAACAUUCACAGCAUCAAUUCCAAGGAAAGUAACCACAUAUAACAUCAACACUGAUUGAUAAUCAACAUAUUAGUUCAAACUAAAUAAGUUGCGCAUCCCAAAUUGUAACAUUGAAAACUACGUGAGGAAGGAGAGUGAAGCAUGCAAGAUGAGAGAGGGGAAAUGGGGAGAAAAUAAUUCAUGUUCUGAUUGUUGUAAUGAAUUACCAGCCUUUGCAUUCAUUCAGUACAUCCAUUACUUCUGACUAAAAAUGAUUGAAUAUCCAAGGGCAGCGUGGGGCUUUAAUAAACUCCCUGAGAGGAGAAUGAGAGGAAAGGGAGAUAAAGGAGAGGCCAUGAGCUUCGAUUAUUUUUACAUCAUAGAGCCUCAACUAUGUUAUUGUCUUUAAUAAAUUCAUAUACUGCGAAUGUAUGUGUUAAUUCACUGUGUAUUAAAAUAAGAUUGUUCUGAAGGUUUUAUAAUUCUCUUUUACACACACUGACUAAUAAAAACAUGCUUGAAGUAAGAGCUCGCUACUGAUUUUAUCUAUCCAUUUCUUCUUGUUAAGUGAGUAUUGUAUUAACAAUAGGAGAGAGAGGCAGUGUUCUGUUUGGUUUGUAAUAGUCUUAUUAAAUGCACCUUUGGGAUGAGCACUGUUUAAGCUCAGAUAAUGGUAACUAAAGGUAGCUGUGCAGUUGUCUUUAGAGGUAGAAAUGUCUCAACAAUUUUUGUAUUACUCAAAUUAAUUUGUGUCUUGUCUGCCGUCAUACAAUAUAAUUAGGCGUCACUUUGAUGUCCUCAGUGUGAAAAUGAGCAAAAUACAUGCUAAUAAAUGAUGUAUGUUAUGUGUCUCUGUGCGUUUGUGCAGGAGAGCACAUACAUGUUACUGUCACUGUGUGCACUUCCAUUCAGG